AUGAAGAGGAGGUUAGUGGGGAUAUAUGACCCCUUUCACAAACAAGACUACAAAGCCAAAGUGACCACGUUGAUCGAGAACGUGUACCUCUCCCCAAAAAUACUAACUAUCAAUUGGCGUGGCGCCAGCGCGAUGGAUUUUAACUGUGGCGUCAACUCGUAUCGCUGCAGAGGCGACAUGGAGUCCACCACCGAAGAUGCGGUGACAACCAAUAUCAAGACUCUUUCCGAAACAGAGCUGGAGAAAGUUCGCUACAAGCUGUUCUGCUACGUGCUUUUUGGUUUGCUUGCGAGAGACGAUAAAUGA